AUGGCCACAUCAAUACCCUCGAUCGCCUGCCUGGGCGUGAUAGGUCGUCACAACAACCCUCUGCACACGACCAUCCUCCCGACGACGACCGACCCCAAGACCGGGGCGCCGGCCCCGCUGCGCACACCGCUGCAGUUCUCGCUGCUGCUGUCCAGCACGCUCGACGUCUUCGCCAGCCGCGCCCGCCACGCCUCGGCCUCGGGCACCCUGCUGUCGGGCGACUUCGGCCUGCUGCACGCCGUCGACGACCGCCUGGCCGCCUACGGCUGGGAGACCAACACGGGCGUCAAGUUCGUCGUCGUCGUCGACAUGCGCGGCCGCACCCUGGACCGCACCGGCGGCAGCACGGCGUCCUCCUCCAAGAGCGCCGCCGCCGCUGCCGCCGCCGCCGCGAGCGCCACCGGCGUCGGCCUCCGGGAGGGCGAGCUCAAGGUCGUCUUCCGCGCCAUGCAGACCGCCUACGUCCGCCUGCUGCAGAACCCGUUCUACGACCCCGACGAGGCCGCCGCCGGCGCCGCCGGUGCCGCUGCCCUGGGCAAGCGCAUCACGAGCCGCAAGUUCGCCGAGGAGAUGAGGCGCAUCGGCGAGGUUUGGGUCCCCGGCAGCGUGAACGCCCUUUAA